UGGGAGCGAGGGGCCAACGUUUGUCACGUCAUGCCAAAACCAGGGUGCCCGAGGGCUCGGGACUGACCCUUGCUGUGGGUGACGUCCAGGGGGCAGCCACUGAUGGUGUCCGAUCCGAAAGAUGCACAGCAUUCACAAUUUGCAAUCGGCAACCAAUCCAGGAGAGGCGAGCCGUGACGGUGUGGAUGACUUGACCCAACUAGAAGACCUCCAAGAAAGUGUGGUCCUUCACAACGUCCAAAGGAGGUUUGAGCGGGGGCUGAUCUAUACCUACAUAGGAAGCAUCCUGGUGUCAGUGAAUCCUUACAAAAUGUUCAACAUCUACGGAACGGACCACGUCCUGAAGUAUGAAGGCAAAGCUUUGGGAGAGAACCCACCACAUCUUUUUGCAAUCACUAAUGUUGCCUACAGCAAGUUGAGAGAUGCCAAACUCAACCAAUGUAUCAUUAUUAGUGGAGAAAGCGGAUCGGGCAAAACCGAGGCCACCAAACUGAUUCUUCGUUAUCUGGCAGCUAUCAACCAGAAACAUCUUGUGACUCAGCAGAUUCUCGAAGCGACCCCUCUUCUGGAAUCGUUUGGAAAUGCCAAGACUGUGCGGAAUGACAACUCCAGCAGAUUUGGAAAAUUUGUGGAACUCUUUCUGGAGGACAAUGGAUUGAUUUGUGGUGCCAUCACCUCCCAGUACCUUCUGGAGAAAUCAAGAGUCAUCUUUCAGGCCAAAAAUGAACGAAACUACCACAUCUUUUACGAGAUGCUAGCUGGUCUCCCCACGCAGCAAAAGCAGGCAUUUUGUCUUCAAGGUGCAGAAACCUACUAUUAUCUCAACCAGGGAGGCAACUGCGAGAUUCCUGGCAAAACAGACCUAGAAGACUUUCAUCGGCUACUCGACACCAUGGAAGUCUUGAAUUUCAGCCUCCAAGACCAGGACAGCAUUUUCCGAAUCCUGUCUUCCAUCCUUCACUUGGGGAACAUCUACUUUGAAAAGUAUGAGACUGACUGCCAGGAAGUGGCCUCUGUGCUGAGCGCCAAGGAGAUCCGGGUCGUAGCUGAGCUGUUGCAGAUCUCGCCUGAAGGCUUGCAAAAGUCUAUCACCUACAAAGUGACGGAAACGCUGAGGGAGAAGAUUUUCACACCACUCACUGUGGAAAGUGCUGUGGACGCCAGAGAUGCCAUUGCCAAGAUCCUUUACUCCCUGCUUUUCAACUGGCUCAUGGACAGGAUCAACAAGCAGAUGUACCCCAAGCAAAACACCCUAUCGAUUGCCAUCUUGGAUAUCUAUGGCUUUGAGGAUCUUGGUUUCAACAGUUUUGAGCAGCUGUGUAUUAAUUAUGCCAAUGAAUAUCUCCAAUAUUUAUUUAAUAAGAUCAUCUUUAAGGAAGAACAGGAAGAAUAUAUCCGUGAGCAGAUUGAAUGGAGAGAGAUUGCUUUCACGGACAACCAGCCCUGCAUUGAGCUGAUUUCCCAAAAGCCUCAUGGCAUUUUGAAGAUCCUGAAUGACCAAAGCAGUUUCCCUCAGGCCACGGAUCACACAUUCCUUCAGAAAUGCCACUAUCAUCAUGGCUCCAAUCCCCUCUAUUCCAAGCCAAAAAUGCCACUGCCAGAAUUCUCUAUCAAGCACUAUGCAGGAAAAGUAACCUACCAGGUGCAUAAAUUCUUGGAUAAAAACUAUGAUCAAGUUCGCCAGGAUGUCCUCGAUCUUUUUGUCAACAGUAAAAUCAAAAUGGUGGCCAGCCUCUUCUACAGCCACGCUCAACUGGUGGCUCAACAGAGGACCAUGAUGGGAAAAAGCAGCACCAGCAAACGGAAGUAUAAGCCCCAAACGGUAGCUGCAAAGUUCCAACAGUCACUUCUGGACCUAGUGGAGAAGAUGGAGAGAUGUAACCCUUUCUUCGUUCGCUGCAUCAAGCCCAACAGUAAGAAGGAACCAGGACUGUUUGAGGCUGAUACAGUCAGCAACCAGCUACGAUCAUCAGGAAUCCUGGAGACCAUCCGAAUCCGCAAGGAGGGCUUUCCUGUCCGGAUCCCCUUCCAAAUCUUCAUUGACAGGUACCGUUGUCUUGUGGAUAUCCGUAGUGACAUCAUCCCAGAUGGGUGGAAUUCUGUGGGGGUGCUGAAGAAGCUGUGUCCGGUCACCCCAGAGAUGUACUGCAUUGGCACAACCAAGCUCUUCAUGAAGGAAAGCAUCUACCAGCAAUUGGAGGCCAAGCGGGAACAGAUUGUCCACAUGGCGGUGGUGACCCUCCAACGUUACGUCCGUGGCUUCUUGAUCAAGAAACGCUUUUAUGCCUUACGCUGCAAGAUUAUCCUCUUUCAAGCCCGGGCACGGGGUUACCUUGUCAGGCAAAAAUGUGGGAGGCUGCGUCAGACGCUCAUCAAAUUCAGAUGCCUGGUACGCAUCUAUAUGAACCGCAGGAGGUACCUCAAGAGGAAGGAUGAGGAGCGUCGAAUUGCAGAACAGGAGAAGAGAAAGGCUGAGCAGGAACUGAGUCAGCGAGAAGUGAUGAAAGUCGCAGACUUGGAAAUCCCUGCUGAUCUGGUUGGACUCUUAAACACAGUGGCUGUUCACAAGCAAGUGAAUGAGGACUGUGUCAUGCCUGUCCCUCCGCCCAAGAUGAAGGCCGACUCCCAGCUCACCCUGCCUCUUGACAUCAACAAUUACCCCAUGGCCAAGUAUGUGCAGCUCCACUUCAAGGAGCCACUUUGGGGGAUGCUCACGAGGACUCUGUCAUCCCCCCUGACUCGGUUAGAUGAGAGCCUGGCCCCUGAUGCUCUUAACCUCUUCAAGCUGAUCCUCCGGUUUAUGGGUGACGCCCAGCUCAACGGCCUCCAGGAGAACCUGUUUGGGAACUACAUUGUACAGAAGGGGCUCUCUACACCAAGCCUGCAAGACGAAAUCCUGGCCCAGAUUGCCAACCAAGUGUGGCAAAACACCAAUGUCCACAAUGAAGAACGAGGGUGGCUGCUGUUGGCCUCCUGCGUCAGCGCUUUUGUGCCCUCCCGCCAGCUGGACAAGUACCUGCUGAAGUUUGUUUCGGACUACGCCUUUGACGGCUAUAAACCUGUGUGCCAACACAAGCUCAUGCAAGCCAUGGCAAGAAGUCAGGAUGGUGGGGAGGCCGCCCGAGCGUAUCCACCCACUCUGCUGGAGUGGACAGCCAGCCGGGACCGAGUGAACAUGGCCCUUGAUGUCUACUGCUUCAAUGGAGAUCAUUAUUCUUGCCCUGUCCAUUCCUGGACCACAGGGGAAGGCCUUGCUGAAAGUGUGUUGAGAUACAGGGGUCUUACAGAUGGAUGGCGGGGCUGGUCUGUCACCAUGAAGGAUGGUACCCAGUGGGCCGAGCUGGCUGGCCACGAUUAUGUCUUGGAUCUGAUUUCUGAUCUGGAACUGAUCCAUGGUUUCCCCAAGCAGAAGUCCUAUUUCAUCCUCGCCUCUGAAGACCCAGAGAAAUACACUGGUGGAAAAUUAGUUUUCCAACGUGGUUUGGAUUCAGAUGGGAGAGUUCCUCCUCCGCCACUGAUCAAGGCCCCCACCGUGGCCUCUGCCCACCUGCCAGACUCUGAGGGAUAUUGCAGCCAUGAUUCGGAUACCUGCAGUGAACCCCGGAGCCAGAAAGGGCUGGAUCAUUAUCUGGAUAGCCUCUUUGAUCCUGUGCUGUCCUAUGGGAAAGGGGAACUAGAGAAGCCAGCGGCCAUCUCACGAAGGAUGAAAGGCGGUGGUCGAGUUGGGCACGGCAACGGUGACAAUGUGACUGGCAUGGUCCCUCAGACUUCUGGAAAGAAGGAGGAGGCUGUGUUGACACAGCUGGCUUACGACAAAUACCAAGAGUCAGUUCUGAGGGAAGCUGGGAAAAGGCUGAUGGACAGAUCUGUGUCACCUUCAGGCAUUGCACGGAGGAGAACCAACCUUCAGAAUCCAGAGUCUGGCUCCACGUCUCAGGCCGGUGGGCUUGUCCGCCACUCCAAGCUGAAUUCGGAACACAACCCUGAGCCUACGCAGAACAUCCGCAACAUCAUCAAGCAAUACCAGCAACCUUUGCGAGUUUCAGAGCCGGUCAGAAAGGAAGGGGAGAAGGUCUUUGUGAAGAAAAUGGAUCCCCACGAAGAAGCCUUGAUGAUCCUGAAGAGACAGAUGGCACCCACAGGAGUACCUGUGAAGCCCCUUCAGACUGUCCAUGAGCCAGCACCGAGAGAGAUCAUCGCGAUGGUGAGGCCAGUGCCUAGUGCCAAGGUGGUUGAACCCCCUACCAGGGCCCAGUCUCUGCCUGAUGCUUCUUCAGCUCCCAUCUCACGAGAGUUGGCAUCGGAAGAUGAGACAGUCCAGACAAAACUUUAUGGCCGAAGCAGCAAGGAGUUUUAUGGGUACCACAACGUCUCCUGGAAGAUCUAUCUCAGGAAGGAGGUUUUUUACCCAAAGGAGACUAUCAGCAGCCCUCUUCUGCUGGAUCUCCUUUUUCGGCAGAUCUUCAACGAUACUCUAUCGGACGCCUGCAUUCGUCUCACCGAGGAGGAGAAGCAACGCAUGAAAACUCUCUUUGCGGAAAACAAGCUGGACUCCUUCAGUCCGGUAGCCGAUGAAAGCGUCAAGAAGGAAAUUAUCCGUGUGGCCCGAGAGAAUUGGGAGGUGUAUUUCUCCCGCCUUUUUCCAGCCACGGGCAGCGUCGGCACCGGAGUGCAAAUCCUGGCCGUCUCUGACACGGGGAUUAAACUCUUGCGACUGGUCAAAGGAGCCAAUCUCCCUGGGGAACAGGUCCGGGUGCUGCGAGGCUACAGCUACAGUGAGCUCCUGUUUGUCACCAUCCCCUCCAAGAACAUGCUGGAGUUCAACCUGGUCCAUGAGAAGUUGAUCCUCUUCUCCCCCAAAGCUGUCCAGGUAAAGGCUUUGAUCGACCACUUCAUCAUGGAGCUCAAGAAGGACUCACAAUAUAUGGUUGCCAUUAAGAACCAUAUCACAAACGCUGAAAACCUUCUGAGUUUUCACAAGGGAGACAUCAUUUGCCUGCGACCGAUGGAGGGCCUGGAACCAGACCACUAUUAUGGCUGCGUGGUGAGGAAGAAAAUGAUUCUCCUGGAAGGGGUCAGAAAAGGCACCCUGGAUUUUGGCUGGAAGUUUGGUGCCAUCUACGGGAAGUCGGGGCUGUUCCCCUCCAGCUGCGUCCAACCAGUGGCAGCCCCAGAUUUCACACAGCUGCCCACGGAGAAGAAGGAGGAUCCCAACAGCAAGCAGGCCAAGGUAGCUGGUCCAGCCUCGGUGGCCGUGGCUGUGGCAUCAGCAGCUGUGGCUCAGGAGCUGGACAGGAAGGUUGAGGCAAGUCGGUUGUGGAGGUGUGAAUGUCCUUGUGUGGCAAGAGGUGGGAUUCAAAGGAAGGAGGCAGGAGCAGGAGGCCCUUUCACCAUGCUGGAGUUUGCCAGGAAGUAUUUCCGAGAAGGGCAGAAGGCAAAGACGGACAAGCAGAAAUCAAAGAAGGGCGUCGAAUCUAACACCGUGGCGGAUAUUCUGAAAUACACCAAGUCUCCCAUUCAGGAGUCACUCAUUGGAUUCACCAACAGCAGCUUGAACAAAAUAGCAGCAGAAUCCUUCCAUGCUGUGAUGAAGUUCAUGGGUGACCUCCCACUCAAAGGACAAUCUGAGCUGGAUGUGGUCUAUGCUUUGUUGAAGCUCUGUGGAAACCACGAGGUCAUCCGUGAUGAAGUUUUCUGCCAGAUCCUCAAACAGAUCACGGACAACAUCAGCAACAAGACGGACAGCUGCCCAAAAGGAUGGAGGCUUCUGUACAUCCUGAGUGCCUAUUAUAGAUGCUCCGAAGUCUUCAAGCCCUACCUUCUACAGUUCCUCCAGGAAGUCUCGGCCCACCCUGGUUUGCAUUUCCAAGGCAUCGCCAAGGCCUGCGAGCAGAAUUUGCUGAAGACUUUCAAGUUUGGGGGCCGCUGUGAGUUUCCUACUGCUGUGGAGCUCCAAGCCUUGGUGGCUGGAAGAAGUUCAAAGCGCCAGCUCUUUCUCCUUCCAGGAGGGAUCGAAAGGCACCUCAAAAUCAAAACUUGCUCGGUAGCCCAGGAUGUCAUCGAAGAGAUUUGCUUCGAAAUGGGUCUGCACCAGCCGGAAGCCUUCAGGGAAUACAUCAUUUUUGCUGUCUCAAGUAAAAAUCAGAACGUCCGGCCUUUGGACAGGCGGGAGUACAUCCUGGAUGUCACCCUGGAAAUGGAGAACGUGGACAGCAGCUACAUGUUCUGGUACCGGCGUGUGAUUUGGGCCCAGCCGCUGAAAUUUGACAAUGAACUCUACGUCACCAUGCAUUACAACCAGGUACUACCUGACUAUCUGAAAGGUCUCUUCUACAUCUCAUCUUCUGCAAAGCCAAGUGACCAACAGUUCCAGCAAAUUUCCAAAUUGGCUGCUCUGCAGCUCUGGGUGAAGGGCCUGGCAACCUUAAGGGAAAUUCAGGACUACAUCCCACCCCAGUUCUACCAUCUGCAGAAGGCUCAGGCGUGGCUGGACAUGGUGGCCCCCUUCAUGCAUCAAGCACAAGCCUUGAGCGCCCACCAAGCUCGGGCCCAAUUCUUAGGGCUCCUGAGCGCCUUCCCCAUGUUUGGCUCUUCAUUCUUCUACAUCCAGAGUUGCAGUAACAACACCAUCAUUUCGCCCUGUAUCCUGGCCGUGAACCAGAAUGGGCUGAAUUUUCUCCACAAGGAAACUCAUCAACCCAUUGUGACGUUCUCUCUGAAGGAGAUCCACUCUACUCGGACCCAGAGACCCUCAGCCGGAUCCAGCUACCCCUAUGUGGAGAUUAUGCUGGGAGACCUGAUGUCUCACAGGAUCACACAGCUGCAGCUUAAGCAGCUUAACCUUCAGAUGGGCCUGGAACUAUGUCGUGUCAUUGCCACCCACAUGGAGAACCUGCUGCAUGCCCGUGAAAAGCAGCUGACGCUGCCCCCAAGCGAGAUUACUUUGUUGUGACUGGAUCUGCUGCUCUGCGUCUCUCUCUCUUCCAGAUUCCAGAAGAGAUCCUGGCCCUACUACUGGAAGAUAUAGCUGAGCUGAAAACAGCUCAUCCUAUAGGAUCCAAUGACGUCCACAUUGUCAUCUCCAGAUUUAAGGGUGGGAAUGAGAGCAAGGUGACUUCAGGGCAUCGCAUCUGGAUGGUUUGUGUGAUGCAAUAGAGCAGUGUUUCUCAA